UGUAAUACAUAUUUAAACCGCUCGUUUGCUACUGAAAUAUUAUUAAUUGAAUAGAAACGAAUGAGAGAGGACUGUACACGCAACUUAGAUAUAAUAAAUAAACGUUAUAUUUAAAGGAAUUUUAGAUACUUUCUAUAAUAAUUUUGGACUUUCGACAUACACUCUAAGAACUAUUCAACCAGGGACCACGAAUAAGAUAAGACAAUGCACAUUGGAAUGUCCGUUAGCAGUAUGAUAUCAACUCGCACGUUAAUUUUAACGGUGUUGUUAGUCACUGUUGUGGGACGGGUAAUUGAAUCUAAUGACUCUGUUGAGAAGCAAAUGGAAAAGGACGAUGACUUCACCAAGCCUGAAGAAAGUAUACGAAAAUACAUUGGACCAACCGUUCACCAUUUCGCCACACACAGUCUUUGUAACCACAAUCAGGGCAAGGUCAGAUUCUUCAAGGCACUCCGGAAUCAUUUCCACAAUAUUUCAGAUGCUAUGAAAAUCUCAUUUGUGCUUGAUCUUUGUAAACGAAGGGAUCAGAUGCUGAUAAAGUGGGUUCAGGAAAUAUUUGACAAAGACGGUGAUGGACACAUCACCCUCUUUGAAAAGGAGAUUUACCGAUGAGCCAUAUAAAACAACAAAUGCAAGACAGUUGAAGGUGAGAAUUGCUACUCAGGAAGACUGACCAAAUUUUACAUAUUUCAAUAAUUUGUUUCCGGAUACGUUAUUACGGGAAACCGGAUACACUAUUGAGGAAAAACACGAUAUACUUUUGAGGAAACACCUGAUUCCCUUACUGAGGGAUAGCCGGAUUCAAUAUUGUGGUAAAGGCUUUAAACAGUAUUGAAGAAAGACAUAUCUCAUUCCUUAAUGAUAGUGUCAAAAUCUGAAAUCGGACAUUAGUAGGAAACAAAGUUUAAAAUAUACAACCUGAAAAAAAAUUACAAAAAAUGUGUGCAGAAAAUUGUUGAUACUGUGUUGUACAACGGUAUAAGUACUGAAUUGUCAAUAUAGUGAACGUGUACCUAAAUUUGACAUUGAAUGAUAACAAUGUGUCUGAAAUAUACAAGAAACUCUUGUCGCUUCAAACUACAAUCCGGAACACCUCGACCAUUUUCCAUCGAAAUUAUCCUUCGAAAUUGCCAGUUCAUCAUUAGAAUUAGUUCGUUUUUUUUUUAAAUAAAAGUAUAAAUUACUUGUAGUGUUUUAGUGAGCAUUUUCGUAUUACUAAGUUUGAAUUGCCAUAUGUGUAAUAUCGAAUACAUAAUUAAGAUUUACAGGAGUAAAGUUAUUAAGUUUAACUGAUUGAUUGAAAUUAAUAAGCGAUCUACUUGCCGUGUAGUUCAUUCUUAAGAUUUCUGAUAUUGUUAACCGUCCAUUUACAUCCGAGAUUAUUUCGAUGGUGAAUGGCCGAGGUGACCCGCAGAAAUCUUAGAGAAAUCCACGUGCUGCAUAUCAUCUAAAAAUUGGAUAUGUUUACAGUGAUCCAGCAAAUUAGCAAUACAGUCUGUGAUAUAGUUGAUUACGGUUUACAUGUUUAAUAUUUUUCCGUGUUGUGUGAUCUGUUUUGCAGUUAUAUGUGGGUUUUUUUUGCAGAAAACAAUCGGGCCAUGUUGGUACUGCCAUUUAAAAUGGUGUCAUUAUAUUACAGUGCAAUUGUCAAAUUUUCUGCUUGAUUCUUACUGUAGUUAUUACCUGUUAGUUUGUGUGUGUAUAAGGUCAAAUAUGUGAUUGUUUUAUAUAAUUUAUAUGUUGUAUUUACUUUAAAAUUGCCUGUACAAAUAUAUAUUUAUUUAUUUUGCAUAAUGCUGGCGUUAUGCAUCUUUAUUUAUUUUGUAAUAACAAAUCGUG